AUCGUGGCAGUCGCUAAAGUCGCAGCUGUUGUGUCUGACGUGUUUACUUUCGAGACGUCCAUCGUCUGUCUUAGUUCCAAACUCAACUCAGUUUUUCUCAUCCCUGUCAGCGCCCUUUGGGGCUCAAAUAGGCCAAAAUGGUGUUAGCAGACUUAGGUCGGAAAAUCACGACCGCCCUGCGGUCCCUGAGCAAUGCGACCGUCAUCAAUGAAGAGGUUUUGAAUUCUAUGCUAAAAGAGAUUUGCGCCGCAUUGCUGGAGGCCGAUGUGAAUAUUCGCCUGGUUAAACAAUUAAGGGAAAAUGUCAGAUCCGUAAUCGACUUUGACGAGAUGGCUGGUGGCCUUAAUAAGCGGCGAAUGAUUCAGACCGCUGUUUACCGUGAACUCGUGAAGUUGGUCGACCCUGGAGUGAAGCCUUUCCAACCGACCCGCGGCAGGCCCAAUGUCAUCAUGUUUGUCGGUCUGCAGGGUUCGGGAAAGACGACCACGUGUACCAAGCUUGCUUACCACUACAUGAAAAAGAAUUGGAAGGCAUGUCUGGUCUGCGCUGACACAUUUCGUGCUGGCGCCUACGAUCAGUUGAAACAGAACGCAACAAAAGCUAGAAUUCCCUUCUAUGGAAGUUACACGGAGUUGGAUCCUGUUGUUAUUGCUCAAGAGGGUGUAGAUCUGUUCCGAUCAGAAGGCUACGAAAUUAUCAUUGUGGACACCAGCGGUAGACACAAACAAGAAGACUCUCUUUUUGAGGAAAUGUUGGCAGUUUCAAAUGCAAUUAGACCAGAUAACACUAUAUUCGUUAUGGAUGCGAGUAUCGGUCAGGCUUGCGAGGCGCAGGCCAAGGCGUUCAAGGAAAAAGUUAGCGUGGGAGCUGUUAUCAUUACAAAGUUGGACGGCCAUGCGAAGGGUGGCGGUGCCCUGAGCGCGGUUGCUGCUACUCAGAGUCCUGUGAUAUAUAUUGGUACAGGAGAACACAUUGACGACUUGGAAUCGUUCAAAACUAAGCCGUUCAUUUCCAAGCUGCUCGGCAUGGGUGACAUUGAAGGCCUGAUCGACAAGGUUAACGAGCUGAAACUGGAUGACAACGAGGAACUGAUGCAGAAGAUUAAACAAGGUCAAUUUACCUUGAGAGACAUGUACGAACAGUUCCAAAACAUCAUGAAAAUGGGUCCCUUCUCCCAAAUUAUGGGAAUGAUCCCUGGUUUUUCGCAAGAUUUGCUUUCGAAAGGGUCUGAACAGGAGUCGAUGGCCCGUCUCAAGCGGCUCAUGACAAUCAUGGACAGUAUGAAUGAUGGAGAGUUGGACCACAGGGACGGGGCGAAAUUAUUUGGCAAACAGGUCGGUCGGGUAACGAGAGUGGCGAACGGCGCUGGAGUCACCGAGAGGGAAGUGAAGGAGUUGAUUUCUCAGUACACCAAGUUUGCCGGCGUCGUGAAAAAGAUGGGUGGCAUCAAGGGGCUGUUUAAAAAUGGUGACAUGAUGAAGAACGUCAACCCCUCGCAAAUGGCUCAACUAAAUCACCAAAUGGCACGAAUGAUGGAUCCACGAGUAUUGCAGCAAAUGGGAGGGAUGAAUGGCUUGCAGAGCAUGAUGAGGCAACUGCAGCAAGGAGCAGGAGGAGGUCUUGGGGGACUCGGAAACUUAAUGGGAGGAGGCGGAGCUGGUGGUGGUGGCAGCGGCGGUGGUGGUGGUGGAGGAAAACACAAGAAAUGAUUUCAUGCAUUGCCGUAAAAUUAUCUGUUAAAAGUUCACCGCAGAUCCUCAUUUAUUAUUUGAAGAGCUGAAGUUGGUACACGACAUUUGAAGUGUCACCUUGUAAUUUCAUAUAAAAUCAAUAAAGGUAAAAUAAUGUUUUCA